AGCCCGCUGAUGGACCUGUUCAGGGCCUCCAUUGCGAGGGGGUACGUGCCCGAGCUGUGGAGACACAGCAGGGUAGUGUUCAUUCCCAAGGGCGGUGGAGAGUACUGGAGUGGGGACGGCCAUUGUAAGGUGGAUCCGCUCCAUGCUAACCGACAGGAGGGUCGAGGCAAGACUGGGUGGGGAGCAGGUCUCCAUCGGUUCAUCACGGGGUUGUCCACAGGGCGGGGUCUUGUCCCCGUUCCUGUGGUGCCUGGUGGUGAACGAGAUAUUGCAUAUUCUGAGGGAAGAACACGGGGUCUAUGCUCAGGCAUAUGCAGACGACCUUGUGAUAAUGACGCAGGGGACGGACGUGAGGAGGAUGCAGGGGCUCCUGAACGGGGCAUUGGCAAGAUUCUCACAAUGGUGCCUGGACAGCAAGUUGGCUGUCAAUCCUAGCAAGGUGGAGAUGGUAAUCUUCACUAGGAAAAGGAAGAUGGAGUGCAACCUCAACAUUUCGAUGGAUGGGGUGCCUCUUUCUGCAAGCGGAAGUGUCAAGUACUUGGGCGUAUGGUUGGACUCUAAGUUGACCUUCCAGGAACAUAUAAGAUCAAGGACCAGGUCGGCCUUUGGAGCUCUGUGGGCGUGCCGGAGAGCGGUAGGGGGCACUUGGGGCCUGGGGCCGAAGAUCAUGCAGUGGAUCUACGGUACCAUGGUGGUGCCUAUGCUCACGCAUGGGGCAGUGGCAUGGUGGCCGGGGACCAAAAGAGCGGGAGCAAGGCUAGUUCUUGACAGACUGCAGAGAUUGGCUUGCCUCUGCAUAACGGGCGCCAUGAGAACGGCGCCCACGAGGGCCCUGGAGGCUCUGGUGGGGCUGCCCUCUCUGGCGGAUCGGGUGCAGAUGGAGGCGGCCAGGACAGCUGUGAGGCUGGCGAGCUGCGGGCUCUGGAGGGAGGGAACCCUCAAUCGGGGUCCGUACGACAUUUUAGAGGGCUGUCGCGGGGAUCGCGGGGUCAUGGGCAUGCCGAGUGACGUCAUGAUCCCCGAGAUGACCUUCUUUGAUAAAUUGACCUUUCUCUUUCCAUCAAGGGAAGAUUGGAGAGAGGGCAGAGUCGGCUCCUGGGAUGGACUUGUCUGGUACACGGACGGGUCCAGAAUGGGAGAUCUGGCCGGAGCUGGAGCGUACUGCGAGACAACGGGAUCAAGCUUGUCGGUCCCUCUGGGUCAGUACUGCACUGUGUUUCAGGCGGAAAUUUUCGCUUUAUUGAUGGCGGCCAGAGAGGUGCUUCGGCUCAACUACGGAAGCAGGAGAGUCUUCUUCUGCUCGGAUAGUAGGGCUGCACUCAUGGCGCUGAAGUCAGUGCGUACGCGCUCCUUGUUGAUAAAGGAGUGCAAAGGGGUACUGAGGAGGGUGGCUGAGGAGAGAAAGGUCACGUUGGUCUGGGUUCCGGGUCACACCGGUGUCCGGGGCAAUGAGGCAGCGGACGCCUUAGCCAGGGAGGGCUCCUCGCAUAGGCAUAUAGGGCCAGAGCCCCGCUUGGGGAUCGCCCCGUGUGUGAGGCGGGGAGCUCUCGAAGCCUGGGCAAGAGACCGGGCCGCGGGGGGCUGGAGAGUUGCUCCAGGAAUGAGGCAGGCGAGGCUUAUGAUGGAUGGGCCCGCCCUUCCUCGGACCAGGGAGCUGCUUAGACUGACCAGGAGGGAGUGUAGAGCACUAACAGGGGCCUACACAGGACAUUGCAGGCUUAGGAGGCAUCUCUGCUUGCUAGGCAUUGGAGACGACCCGGAGUGUAGGUGGUGCAUGGAAGGGGAGGAGACCCCGUAUCAUCUGCUCACCGAGUGCCCUGCCUUGACAUGGGCAAGAUUGGGAGUCUUCGGAACGGCCCUGAUCGAUCCGGACUCAGUGCACGGUAUUGGGCUAAAGGAGUUGCUGACCUUCUACAGGAGGGGCGGCAUUCUGGACGCCCUCUAGAGCGGCCUGGGGGCACAACGGGCCCAUCUGGUGGCCUAAGUGCUUGGACGCCCGCGAGGGCGCCCCCCUUUAAUACCAAUACCAAUACCAAUGCCACCGACCUGC